AUGCUGUGGGAGCGAGAAGCCGUAAUAUACAGCUUUGAUCCCCUCCUGGUCGUGGGAACAACUGACCAUGGGAACCAAUCGACCAAACUGGGUCUACUUCAUUGCUUACCACCACACCAGACUCUUGAUCCCUCUCAUUUUGCAUCUUUGAACGGAUUGGAAGGCUACAUGCCACGUUGGGGUGUGAGCCACUAUCAGCUCAAAUCCACCGCGGUGGGUUCUACAAAAACGACAGUCUGGUACAACCUCAUAAUUAAAAGCAUUUUGGUAAAUGGGAAUGAACUAGGCGUCGGUGUGCUGACUACACUCACAGAAUCUGCGGUACAAUGUGAUUAUUACACUUUUUGUUGGACGUCAAACAAGCUUCGUCAAACUUCCACAGGCUCGGAUGCUUUACGUUCCAGGAGAUCUGAAAGUUCGAUACCAUCUUGGGUGUUCAAACUCCUUCAUUGCCUUGCAGAAGACUAUCAGGCGGUAAUGAGAUGAAGAGCAAUGAAUACCGUGUCCUGGAGCCUCCAUACUUCUCUUUGCGGCUUGCCUGUUCGCAAUUGACUUUUGUUGUGACUGCUUGGGAAGGGGCAGCAUACGUUGGAUAUGAAGAGAUCUCUACCGGCCGAACCGCUAAUCCUGUCCAUUACACCACCUCAAGUAUGCUCUUGAUGGAUGACCAGACCAUAGUGCAAGUAUAGUGGGGUUUCGACAGCUUUUUUACGAAAAAACCUUCCCGAAACAUCUAUCUCUGUGCAAGAACCUGACCAGAAACUUGACAGACCACCCUCCCUCAAUACGACCCUGGUAUCCAAUUCGCCUACCAUCGAGUCAGAAUAUACGUAUAGGAAUCCCGCCACCACAUUUGCCGCACUACGCAGAGCUUUCCGAUUCAACUCAUGCAAGGCGUACAUUCAUCUAAAGGUUCUACACCAUACCAUCCUUUUCCAGGUUAUUCGGGAUCUUUUGGAGACGGGAAAGGAGCUCAUUCGCUAGACGUUGCCCGUUACUGGCUCAGGAAUACUCUCCAUGACGCACCGACCCUUAUUGCGGUACCGGUUCCUGCGGUUCCUUCAUUCCUACAAGACACUCCCUCCAUACCGGUGCGCGACUCUGACAUUCCAAGUCCUUGGUGACGAAACUCCACCACGGAGAGUCUGUGGUCGACAGCUCCAUGUCAUGCAACCGCCUUGUGCCGUGCUUCUCCCCCCCGUCCUUUCGAUCCCGCCUCGUGAAUUCCAAUUUCUAUAUCGCGCCUCUUGCCCUCAACCCUGCUCACCCUCUCCACAUCUGCGGCCUCCCUGGCUUUGACCAUGCGGUUUCCUGCCACUGAAGCCGUAAAUGAAUCUGUACAGUCACCGUCGGAUGGUUGAAGAUUGUUUCGGGGUUGACUGGACUAGGGCACGUGCUCGCCAGCGCGGAAAGUAUGAUACUUUCUGAAUUGGUGUUCGCAUUGACCCACGAUGAAAACCCAACCUACUCUCGUUUCGCUACUAAGUACCCCUCAAGCUUCUACGGGUCUCGGUGUCGACAUUUAGUCGUUUGGAUGUCAUCCUUCAUCAUCUCACCAAACUGGACGGGAUUGCUCUACCUUCCGCAUCCAUUUCGCAGAUCUUCAAUCUUGCAGCCCCGGAGAGAAAAGCUUUGAUAUUUGCCAGAGAUGGUACAAUGGAUACGCGGGUCAAAAAAUCAGGGUUUCGGACAACAGCUGAACUGUCGUCCGCCGGCACCGAUGGUACUACUCUUCUUUUCCAUCACCAACGUGUUAGGCGGAAUGUCGGUCUACCUCAAAAUUGGCCACAAGGUGCCCCUUCCAAACGAAGGGAAACAUAUGCUUUGCGGCCGCUUUAGAAUACGGGAUAAGUCAUCGUGCGGGCUUUUUCUCAUCCUACGGAUACGCUGUUGGUCAGGGUUCUUGUCAAUCUCUUUCUACUGAGGCUGAAGCACCUCAACCACCCCGGCGAUACUCGCGUACUGGCCUGGAUGUAUUUCGUUCGUACCCUACCGAUUCAGAUUCUAUAUCUCGGAUGCCAUCCUUUUAUGAAUCGAUGACUCAAGUGACGAAAAAAGGCUUCAGUUGUGUCCUUACCGAUAUCUGUACCUUCCUCUGUCACAAGCGACAUUUAGCGUUCGCGGCGUCUGUCCGGUUCUGAUACACGUUUGUUUGUCUUUCAGAUAACCGCUAGUGCUUUGCCGUUGUUCGUUUUUUGCUGCUUUUAUUGGUUUUAAGGAUGUUAUGGCUAUGCUUGUAUGUACUUCACGAAUGUUAAAAGAAGUCUCAGUGCUGUCGAAACAUGUAGUUACUACGUUCAAUGCGUGUACGAGUAACGAGGCGAAUAAUAUUUUGAUUUGACACGCGGCGGUACAAAUCAUCUUCACUCACCACCACCAUCACCAACUGGCCAAAAUCUCGAUUUGUUCGACUACUUUCGACGUAUCAUUUUGGUAGCGAUUGCCCAGCAAUAUGGGGUGAUUGUCCCUUACACAUUCUCGGAAUUCAGGAGUCGGGUUGAAGCAUUCAAAAGAGCAAUUUUUCAAGUUUUUGCAUUCAUCUUGUUUUGUCGAAAUCAGUUCGGUGGACUUCUAUAAGUUGGGCUCUCGAUGAAAUCCUUAAGCCCGUUUUCGACCUCUCACAUUGCUCAUAACGCGUCACCAUCAUUCGAAUCUUCUUUCAUUUUCACCCAAGAGAUGCACCACAAUCAACCUCUGUCAUGCGAAAGGUGGCAAACACGAGUAGAUGUCGAUCCUCGCCUGUUGAGAACGGAAUAUAUCCUUUCCAAUGAACAGAAACUCCAGGAAGCGGGAAAAGGUUUUCUUACCAGUUCUACAAUGAUUAUAGUGAAUUUUUUCUAAUUUUUUUUACAAUAACUCUUGUAACUUAUAUUAAAAUUAAGCUGAUUUUAUACUAUAGAAAUUUCAGGAUAAUACCUAGAAUAAUCAAAGUAUACCACACAUGGUUUAUGUUAAAGUUAUAUAAAAUUUACAGUAAGC